AUGUCGUCAUCAAUUUUUGAUCAACAUUGUGAAUUAGUUGUUGAUUUUAUUAAAUAUCAUCGUGAUAAAAAGACUUCACCAAUUUUUCGGACAUUAGAAAAUCGAUUUUAUGCAGCGUUUAUAGUAAAAAAAAGUCAAAAUGAUGCGGGGAAAGUCGUCGCAUUUGGCGUCGGUAGUCGAUGUUCAUCACCGGAUGCUAUCGAUGAUGAUGGUUGUGCUUUACUCGAUUGCCAUGGAUUAGCUAUGGCAAGACGAGCCUUAUUACAAUAUUUCUAUGAUGAACUUCAUCAAGUAGCUCAUGGUAUACCUCCACAUCGAAAUAUCUUUAUAGAUUCUCGUGGUGAAAAAUUACAAUUACGCAAUAAUGUAACACUUCAUUUAGUUUUAUCCGAAGCACCGAAUGGUGACGCGAAACAAUUUCUUCCAGCCGAUACGAAUAAUUAUCUCAGUGCCUAUGAUGCUGUACAAAUGAGAAUGACAACACAUGCACCGAUCUAUGAAACACACGAGCAAGGUCGAUUAAGAUAUAAAUAUCUAGAAGGUACGGACACAAUAGCUGCUACUCUUCGGCAACAAUUUGGUAUGAUGUCAUGCAGUGAUAAAAUUCUCAAAUGGAAUGUUCUGGGUGUACAAGGUGCUCUUCUUUCAACACUCAUUGAACCGAUUAAAAUAUCUUCAAUUACGCAUAUGAGUGGUUUUAAACAACAGCAUACGUCACGUGCGUAUUGCUGUCGAUUGAGUAGAACAGCAUCAACCACCAUUCAUCUUCAUCAUCCGAAAAUUGGUCGACCGAAAAUUGCUAUUGUACCAUACAAUGAUCUUGAUCAUCAAUUAAGUUAUUCAUGGUCAAGAGCUUAUCCCGGUGAAUUAAUCGAUGCGUCCACGGGUCGUCCUACUAAAGGAGGUGUUAGUAUUAUAUCAAAAGCAACAUUAUUAAGUGAAUUUAAACAUCUAUGUUUGAAAAUGUGCCAACCAUGCAAUGUACAAAUGACAUAUAGCGAAUUAAAAAAAUUCAAUCAAGAUUAUUUUCAACAAAAACAAGCAAUGAUUUUAUUUCUUGAACAAGCCAAUUUUGGUUAUUGGUCAUCGGAUAAAAUUCAUUUUGAACAAUUCAAAUAUUCGUCGAAUAUUUUAUCUAUCAAUCGAAAUAAUAAGAAUUAA